UAGUUGUCAACAGUGCAAGUAUUCGACUACUCGUCGCAGCCCUACGGUAGAUAUAUGAAAUAUCUGCGAAAAUGCAGACGCAUCUGUCCGCAUUUCUGUAUCUGUAUCUGUCCGUGACGUACAAUCACCAGCAUCUGGUUGUCGCGUACGUAGACGCUUAUUCUAGUCCUUAUUCUCGGACCAGCGCCCCUACUGCCAUCAGCUAACUCCAGUCCAGAGAGCUCCAGAGCCUGCCUAGGAAAACGAUUCAAACAAUUUUUUUAUCAUAGGAAUCUACUAGAAGCCAACAUUGACAAGUACGAAAUAAUAGCCUGAUUUACAAUAGGAUUAUUGAGACAAGGGAAAGAAAGAAAGUGCAACUAUGCCUCAAGACGGGAGAUACCGACGAAGAUCUAGGUCCAGAUCCAGGAGUAAAAGAAACAGAAGGCGAAGACACGGAUCAUCAAAAUCUUCAGGAUCCAGUUACUCCAGAUCUAGAUCUCGAUCACCAGAGAAGCGAUACCGUAAUAAAGACAGGUCUUCACGAAGAACUCCACCAAAGUAUCGUCGUUCCUCUAAACAGUCACCCUCGCAUGAAAGAAAGAGGCAGCAGAGAUAUGACCGUCAAUCCCGCUCUGAGUCAUCAUCUCCGAGGCGCCGAUCACUUGAGAAGAAAGAAUAUCUGGAUACCUCCAAGGUGCUGACCGGUAACUUCUCCAACAUCCCUGGACUUGAUUACAUAGGCCGAGGAGGAAAAGGAGCCGAGAAUGAGUCUAGUCAGGAUCUGGAUUUGCGCCUCAGGGAGCUUGAGACGCAUGGAUCUGCAGGGUCGUCUAGAUCCAGAGCUGCAGAACAACCAAAGAAUUCACAGACGGACUAUUAUGAUUCCAAAAGAGGUUCGCAGGAAAGUUAUAAGCAGCGUAGUAGGUCACCCGGUGAGAAGAAGUAUGAGUCAUCAAGAUACUCGAAGGAAAGAGCCAUGUCUCCUGACAACAAGAGAUAUAGGGAUCAGAAAGAUCAGAAACGACCUGAUUAUGGCAUCAGAGUUGAGGUCAAGAGAAAGCCAUCGCCAAAAAGAAGAAAGUUUGAUCCUAGUCUGGUGUUCAUACCACGCAGGAAGGAUGAAGGGCUGCAGCAAAUAUUUGAUCGCCCAGAAAUCAUAGUCCGCAACUUAGAGGAUGAUCCUGAAAUGUACCCAGAGAAAUAUGAACGCUUUGCUUGUUGGAGGAAGUCUCCAGAGCGUAGCCAACGGAAGAAUGACCGCGAAUACAGCAGAGAGAGGGAGGAGGGACCAAGGAAGCAGAACAGACAUCACAAAGAUGGCAGGAGAUCUCCCAGUCCAGAGCCACAGCAGCCAAGGAAGGCGACGGUCAUGAUGAAGCCAUUCACUGUCUUUGAGAAAUACGAACAAUCCUUGCGGAACAAACCAGCACAAGCACCACAGGAGGUGGAUAACUACUUGCAGCGCCCUCAGGAGUUCAGUCUGUCCCACAGUUCUCUGCCUCUGUCAGGGUCUCUGUCAGGGACCACCAGCAUGUUUACUUCUAGCUUGGGUAUGAACAACGUCCUCGACGUAGACAGUGACCUCCGAAUGGACUUGGAUGUUCGUCGUCAGUUCCUCGUGCGGGAAGCUGAAAAACAGCUGGAUUUGCAGCAGCUCCACUCCGCUACAUCCCCAACCCUAGGCAGGCUGACUGGGUCGGUAUACUCUCUUGAUCGAAGAGAGAUUGCUUCGUCAGAUAGAAGACCUGUGAGGGAGAGGCUUGGUGACCUGGACAGAGGGGGGCUAAAGUUGGAAAGUGAAGUACCUGACUUCAGAAAGGAGGUUGAAGAACUACAGAGACUGGAUCCCACUGCUCAGCCUAUCAGAGGGAAUUUUUACGAACAUGAUGAUCGUGAUCAGCGCUCCUUGUCAGAAGAGAAGCGUGGCAUGAGACCACCGCAAAGGGGUCGAGGGGGCUUUGUGCCCCGUGGUUCAUAUCGUGGAGGGCGGGGCUUCAUCCGGGGUUUCCGUGGCAGGGGUUUCAACCGUGGCUUCAGGGGUAAUUACAACAAUCGAGGUGGUUUCAGCGGACGGGGUCAGAACCGAGGAGGCUAUGCCUCCGCCUGGAAGCAUGAUAAGUUUGAGGGCAAGGAUAGAGAUGAUCACGACAAGAGAGAGAAGAAGGACAAGAAAUCUAAAUCAUCAGACAAGAAAAAGACCAAGAAGUCAUCAAAGAAGAGCCCAGAGAGAUCUAAGUCCAAACGAGACAGCAAGAAAUAACUCCAUUACCCAAGCGCCCAUGAGGACAUGCUGCUCUCUCUCUCUCUCUCUAUUACUCCCAAGAGAUACGAACUGUCCUUCAUUGACUUGUGAUUGCAGGGAAAUAAGUUACAGCUUAGCACCUCUUAAGGCCAUAAUAACUUCUCGAAUCAGCUAGAUUAAAAACAACGCAGACAUCAUCUCUUGAAGCGACUGGACAUGUCAGACACUUAGGGACCGGUCCUUUUUGUCCAAGAACGAUAACAAGAACUGUAACUAUAAAUCAUUUCAAAAGUGGCCUUGUGUCAUGUAGAAAAUUAUUGGAUAUGGGUUUUGCAGCGCCUACCUGAGAAAAACGGUGCCAACGCCCAUAAGCAGAGAUCAGAAAGGACCUGAAGUACUAAUAUCCAUUUUAUUUUCCAGAUAAAUUGCAGGAGACCGAUGUAGGAAGUAUUAACAGUUGUAGUUACCGUUGUAAUUAUGGGUCAAGUGGGAUCGGCCAUUCAUUCUAAUAUUUUUUUUUUUUUUUUUUGGGGGGGGGGGGUCUGGGUCUGAACAUGCUGCUUCAAAGACAGGUUCUGUGCUAACAUAAAAUGAUUAGUCAUGUGCCAAACCAUGACCUCUGUUCUAAAGUUCAAGGGGUCAUUGCUGGUCAGAGUAAAUGUAACUCUAGGUUAGAGGAAAAGUACUUCUACCACAGAUUUGUUGGUAUCCAUUUUUGUAAAUAGUUAGAUUUGUUUUCAUUUGCUGCAUGUCAUAAUGUAAAUAUAUGUAUUCAACUUUCAAAUUAGCAAGUAUAAGUCCCCUUUCAUAGCAACGAUAAGAAGUACUGUUAACACUCUUCAUUCAUUUAUGAUUUGUUGGCUAAUACCUGAUUGCAUCUUAGUCGCAUGUGUUUAAUUAAGGCCAAAUAAGAAUAAUUCCUAGUUUUUUUUAAGAAUGAAGAAGGUUCUGUGAUACUUGAUACCUUAGCACAUCAAAAUAUUAUUGGUUGGUCAUUCCUGAUACAAGCUCUUUAGGCUGGCUUUCUUGGGGCAAAACAACUAUACAGCGUAUGAAGUUGGGCGAGAGUAUGAAACUAGGGAUUGUGUUUACUGGGCCCUACGCUAAUACUCUAGAUCUUGCUGUUACAAUAAAUCAUAAAAAUAUACAUGUAGAUAGUAUAGUUUCAACAUUAACAUUUGCAUUAAGUACUGCUUAUUUUAGUAAUAAACCAGUUUUUAGUUAGCACAUGGUACAAAUUACCCUGAAAUAUUAGUACAUUUUUAUUUUCGUGAUGAAACAUGUCUCUUUUGAAUUUCAAAUCGAGGGUUCAGUGACACAAAGA